AUGACUCCAAAAUAUUUAUGGCUUGUGUUCCUUGUGGGUUUGUUCAUUAGACACAUCCAGUCUCAGUUCUGUAACUCACAGAACGCUCACUUAAGAACAGUCACCAAGGAGAAUGCAAGACUUCUCAACAGUAUGAGCAAUUCAUUUCCUCUACGAUGUCUAAGAGACAUCAGAACUUUUGGAUUGCCCCAAAAUAUCACCUCACACUCCCAGCCUGUGAAAAGGGACAUCAAGGAAGUCUUCUAUGAAAUCUCCACACAGGUCUUCAGGAUCUUCUGCAGACACUCCUCAAACUCCAUUUGGAAAGAGGAAUUCCUGACACAAAUCAAAAGCGGACUUUCUGAGCAAAAGGAAUACCUGAAGCAAUGCUUGAGGGAAGAAAAGAAAGAAAACAAAGAUAUAGAAGAAAUGAAAACAUAUGAAAUGGAACAUUCAGAAGUUCAGGUCAUCCAGCAGAGCAAACUAGCGUUGAGGGGCUAUUUCCAAAGAAUAGAAAAUUACCUGAAGAAGAAGAAAUACAGUUAUUGUGCCUGGAAGAUUGUGGAAGUGGAAAUCAAAAGAUGUUUCUUCUACUUCCUGAAAUUCACAAAACUACUCAGAGGAAAUCAGCAAGAAUUAACACAGUGACCAAGAGUAUGCAAAUGCACAACAGAGGAUCAACUGUACCUGCUUCAACUCUUGGGAGGAUCUCUCCUGCUAAUACCCCUGCUAAACUGUGCAGAUUCAAGAUUUUUCCAAGCACAAGGCCCAAUACAAUUUACCAAAGAGAGCCUUACAUAAAAGCAAAGCAACUUUUAGUCAAAAUGUUAUAAGAAAUGUUUAAAAGAAAAAGGUGAGGACCAUGGCAUCUGAAUUAUCAGCAGAAGGAUCCAUCAAUAAAUGAGAUAGUAUAAUAUAUUUAGUA